ACUGAGCAAUCGCAAUUGGGGAACAAAACAAGGCCAGUUCGGGACGGGACAUGUUCUGUAUAGUGGACAACUUCUUCUUGCUCCGUAACAGCUAUUCUCAUCAUCAUCAUCCCCAGUAGCAGCCCAGCAAUGGCCGCACCUAUCAACGAGCCAUGCCUUUCACCAACAGGAAGCCUCCCCUCCGAAGAUGAUGAAGAACAACAACUCUUAUUUGAGCUCGACGAGCUCCGCGGCCUGAAACCGCCCGAACAACUAUCCACACCCGGCCUACUCCUCCUGACAUGUCCCAGCCUCGGGCUUCAAGUCUACUGGUUCCUCCUACAAUCCAGCGGCACGCCCUACCUCCGCUCCCUCGGCAUGAGCCCCUCCUCUAUCUCCCUAACCUGGGCCCUGGGCCCCAUCUUUGGCGCCUUUGCCCAGCCCAUAAUCGGCCAGCUGAGUGACGAGCUCCACCACCCGCUCGGCCGCCGGAAGCCCGUCAUGAUUGCCGGCGCCCUCACCACAGUCAUCUCCACACUGCUCAUGGCCUGCGCCCCCGAACUCACCGCACCCUUCACCGGCCACCCUCCGGCCACAAACAUCCCUUGGCAGCCCCGCGCACUGGCCGUCGCCUGCCUGGUGGUUGUGCUGCUAGCCUUGACCGCCUACUCCGUCGGCGUGCGCGCCAUCGUCGUCGACGCCUGUCCGCCGUCCCAACAGUCCGUCGCCGCCGCCUUUUCCAUGCGCUGGAACGUUCUCGGAUCCGCCGUGCUCUCCACCGCGGGCUUCGUCUUCACCACCACCACCAGACAGUCCUCAGAAACCGACCCCAUCGUCGCGUUUCGCACGCUGGCCUGCGUCGCGGCCAUCUGCUCCGCGGCCACCGUCGGGCUUGUCUGCUGGUUCGUCCCGCGGGAUGCCACGCCGCCUCUCCGGCAGUCCGGUUCCGGGUCCGGAAUCGGGCGGGUCUGCGCCAUGUGUCUGCCGGGCGAGCUGGCACGACGCUGGGGGCGGUUGCCACCGCUGACGGGCAAGGUCUGCGGUGUGCAGCUGGUUGCGUGGUUUGGGUGGUUUCCGGUUUUGUAUUACAUGUCUACGUAUGCUCACGAAACAGCAUUAUCCGAAUUCCUCCAAACCCCCAACCUCGAGCCUUCCUCCUCCCCAGAAGCCAAAGCAAAGCCCUACGCCCUCUACGCAUCCCUCUCCUUCUCCCUAGGAACCCUACUGUCCACCCUCCUCCUGACCCUUCUCUCUCACAUCUUCACUAUCCUCCACCCCCGCAACCUCCCGCGCCUCUGGUUGCUCUCCCAGCUCCUCGCCAGCGCCUCCCUCCUCCUCACAAUCCCCUUUCAAACCUCCACAGCCUCCCUCAUCCUCCUCUCCCUCAUCGGUGCAACCCAGGCCGUGACGAUGUGGGUCCCGUUCGCGCUGAUCAACACCGAACUUGCCGAGGUGCGUACCGGCGUGGCGGGCGUCCAGGGGCUGCAUAACAUGGCCAUUUCGCUCCCGCAGGUUGCCAGCGCGCUGGUUUGCGCGGCGGUGCUGGCGGGGUUGGAUUUGCUUGGGGUUGGACGAGAUGCGGUGUGGUUGUUGAGGCUGGCGGCGGUGCCGGUUGUCUGGUCGGCGUGGUUGAUUUGGCGGUUGGAUGGGGCUGUGGUACUGUGA